AUGUCCAAAAAGGAUAAAAAGCAGCAGUCCUUGUUCGACUUUCCUGCGCUCAAGAAGCACUCGUCAGUGGCCUCUUCCUAUAGUCUGGUCAUAGUCAUAGAAGAUGAAGACAAAGUCGAGCAAACAGAUGUCAAAUUUGAGCGUCAAGAUGACUCUUCUGUCACAUGUCCCGUUUGUUCAACCAAAUUGGGCUUGAUCUCGCUAGAUCUCCGCGUGAGACAUGUUGAACAGUGCUUAACUGGCAGCCAUGAACAGAAACCACAUAGUACAGAACCCGAGUCCAACUCCGAAAAGCCAAAAAGCCCUGAUAUUUCGGUUAAGAAACCAUUGGGACAGGUCCAAGUUCAUAGGGCCAAGUAUGUGAAUAGCGUAUCGGAGGCUCGAAAGAAAAGAAGAAUUGUGGUGUCUGAAACCGCUGAAGAUUCAACAGAGAAAAUCCGCGAGCUCUUACCAUCGUCGAAAAAGUAUGAAAUUCCCGAGCUCAAAGUCCUCCGCUUUUACGCAUCGCCAUCUCAGGAGUACUGUGUGUCAGUAGAUGCUUUCAACUAUAAGCCCCAUGAACUGAUUCGUCAAUACUUUCUCUCUCAUUUCCAUUCUGACCACUAUGGUGGAAUCACCAAGAGAUGGUCUUUAGAGCGUACAAUUGACUCCAAGAUUAUUUAUUGCUCUUCAAUUACUGCAAGACUACUCACCAUUCGCUUCAAUAUAGACCCAAAAUUCAUCUUUGACAUGGAGAACGAUAAACGAUACAUAGUGCAGUGUUACACGGACGGAGAUAUAGAACAUGGCGGGAAACUCUCAGAAGAUACUCUGCCCGGCCUUUACGUAACACUCAUUGACGCCAAUCAUUGUCCAGGCGCGGUUAUUUUUCUAUUUGAGAGUGUCCCUUUUCGCGGCGAACCUACAUUCUAUCUUCAUUGCGGCGAUUUUAGGAUAAAUGCUACGAUGCUUAACCAUCCAUUACUUACCCAGUUCCACCUCAAUGGCUCUCGAAAACUCGCAAAGGUCUACUUGGACACAACCUACAUGAACCCGAGCUAUAACUUUCCGAAACAGGAGCAAGUCUGCUCUUCAAUUGCAAAUCUUGUCAGUGAUAUUGUUGAAAAUAAGGAAAUGACCAAGGAUUCGUUUGGCAAAAGCUUGCAAUCACGUAUCACGCAAUUCCUCUCCUCCAGCGCCCCACGAAAGAAAAAGAAGUGUUUGGUGCUCGUUGGCACCUACCUCAUUGGGAAGGAACGUAUAGCAAUGUCGAUCCUGAAACAACUAGGUGGCUGUCCUAUUUACGUCUCAAACAUCAAUAGUAGAGGAGAUAAAUUGGACAUCGUGAAAGCAUUCCAGCAUGAGUAUCUAGAUUCAGUACUCACAGAUGAUCCACUUGGUAAUUCCGACCAUCCGGUGGUUGUACAUCUUGUGCCCAUGAAAAUUGUGGGCACUUUGAAAGAGUUAACUAGCUACUUCAAUUUCAACAAAUAUCAUGAUUCAUUUGAGAGGUGCGUUGGACUACGGCCCACUGGAUGGACAUUUCAAAAUGGAUCUAAAGAUAAUUCGGAGACCCCAGAAAAUACACCCGAAUCCAGCGUUGGACCAACUCAGGACACUAUCCAAUUACUCAAGACUUCCCAGAGUUUUACUUCCCAGGACAUCUUGAGACAGAAUCCAUACACGGCCAAAAAAUACGCCAAAUUCGAUCCUUCUACAUACAGAGUGCUCUCGCUACCAUAUAGUGAGCAUCUGUCAUUUCGCGAACUCUGUUACUUUGUGGUUUUUUUACGCAUUGGCCAGGUCAUUCCCACUGUCAACACACACAAUCCAGAGUCGGCCAAACGGAUGGCUGACAUAAUCGCCAGUUGGGAGGAAUUACGUCGACAACUUUCCAGUAACAAAAAUACUGAUAUAAAUGCACCAGCUCUUUCUCUGGCAGUUUCUCUAUCCGAUUUUUGA